GAGAGUGAAUGGGGUGAAGGGGUGUCGCAAUCAGUAAACGAAGCAGAAGAAAACAACACACAGAAAUGUGAAGAAAAGUUUACAAUAACGCUUACUGGUAAAUACAAUACAGACAUACAUACAUACAUAUUUAAUAAAUAAUGUCGAAGCAAUAUAACAAAAACAAACAACGCGAUAAACGUGUGUGACAACAACAACAAGGAGCGGGCCAGAGAGUCAACGGCAACCACAGUUACAGAGAGUUCAGCUCUGCAUGUGUGUGUGUGAGAGAGAGGGAGUGAAAGAGAGAGUGUGGAAGAGUAAAAAUGGCUCACCAUUUACGAAGCUGCAGUGAUAUCAUUGACAACAACAACAAGCCGAAAUGCUGCAGCUGUCACUGUAAAUGGCAAGUGGACGGCGAAUCGCAGCCAAGCGUGGAGUCAACGGCUGCGCCGGCGCAGCGCAAACGCACCAAAGGGACGCGCAGCAACAAGUUGUGGCCGACAGAGGAGCACAUCUACGAGAAUUUGCAGCCGGCUGGUGGUGGUGGUGGUGGCAGUGACAGUGUGGCAGAGCAGCAGCGCUUGUUGCUGCGCAAAUACUUUCGACGCGAGGCCAUCUAUGAAAAUCUCUGCCGUGGUUGUGGCUACGGCGUAUUUGGCGCUCAAGGCCACUACUGCCACUUUUGUCAGUGCAUUGUCAAUGGUGUGGUGAGUGUUAGUCAGGAGACGACCUCCACGCCUACACCCAUCCCCACACCCACACCCACUUGCAGCACGCCAUCCCCCAGUGAGGGCAACAUUUAUGAGAAUAUUUGCGAGCAUUGUCGCAGCAUCUAUAGCGAUUGCGAGCAAUGUGCUUGCAACACAACGAAAGCAACGGAAGCUGCAGCCGCUAAAGCAACAACAGCAACACCAACAUCAGCACCAACUGCAACAACAAUUACAGUAAGUUCGAAAAAGAGUUCAUCAGCUGGUAAUGGCAGCCUAACGCGUCGCGGUCUAUUCCACAAUCUCUUCGGCUCGCUAAAACAACUUAAUCGCAGCGCUUCCAGCUCGAGUGCCAGCUCCGCCUCGUUGCAGCGUCGCAAGCAGCGCCUGUUCCAACGUGAAGCGGGCAAAGCCACAGGCGGUGGUUCCCUAGAGAUCAUCCAUAAUGUGGAUGAGGUCUUUCGUACCCAGGAGACGUUCGAUUUGGGGCGUAUUUGCGAGUUAAAGCGACUGCAGAGCAGCCACAGUGAACAGCAUAUUUACGGCCGUCUUAAGUGUCACGAAGAGCGCGAGGAGAAACAAGCACCGAUCGGCAUUCUAGAAGGACCAUCGCUGCAUCAACAGGUAGUGGUGGUGGUGGCAGACAAGGUCGAAGAACCGCAGCAGCAACAACAGCAACCACCACCCUCCAGUGCUAAGAAGCCACGAAUUUCACGCAUACGUCUGCUGCGCAGCGGCAACACUAAACCGGCAGAGAGUGUGGCAACUCUAAGCAUUCCACCUGCUCCAGCUUCACCUCCUCCACCAGCACCAACGCCACCACCACCUUCGGCCCUCUCCCCUCUCACUGCUUCCUCGCUCUAUUUAAACGAGAGCAUCUGCCUGUGGAUGUCAAUGCUGCGUUACGAGCAGCACAGUUAUGAGGAUGCCAGCAGUUUGGCGCUCAGUCAGCAGCCCAAACGCAUACCCUCCACCUACGAACAGCAGCAGCAGCAACAACAACAACAGUAUAGUGUGGAAACAGCUGUUACCCUGCGUAGAGAGCAGUCGUCCCCACCAAUGGCGCAUGAGCAGCGACUGGUGCUUGAUUUUAAAAGCAAUUUGCUUGCCAAAAUGAAGCUUAGCAUCGAAAGAGAGGAAAAGGAAGACGGAGAGGCAGAAGUUGAAGUAGAAGUAGGAGAACAAAGAGAAGAGGAAGCAGCAAUAACAACAACACUGUUGACAACGGACACUGUCCAGCUUCGCCUCGCCCCAUCAACAAACGAUCGACGUCGCUGCGGCAUCAACGAGCAUCAUGAUUCAGCUUUUGUCAGUGAAUUUCUCAGCUCGUUUGAUUGCAUUUCGGAGAUGAAAGAGGAGCCGACAAUGUCGCUGCCGUUGUUACCCACCAACAACAAGAUCAGCAGCAGCACCACUCGCACCACCAUCACCACACAAUUCUCUCACAUUUCGCUCUUUGCGCUGCUGCAAAGCGCCGCUCUGGCAGCAAGCCUGCAUUUAAGCGUUGUGGGCUGGGAGAGAACGUUGGUAGCGUUUUUGAGAGCCGCCCCACAACACACCAAAGUCAGAAGCGGCAGCAGCAGCAGCAGAGAGCGCUUAAUGCGACUAUAUCGGCGAUACGUCAACAGAGCCAACAAUGGUUACGGGCUGAGUGAGUCAGUUGUGGGGCGAACAGUAUUAUCAGCGACGCCAAAGAGUGACGACGUUGCGGUCGCUUGGCGCGACGCGAGCGAUAAACAACAACGAGAGCGCGGAUAUAACAACAACAACAAUAACAACAAAAGCGACAGCGCCAACGACAAUCAAUCGCUUGUAAAGGUUGGGGGUACGGAGGUGGGAUACAGCGACGAUCGCAUUAGCAGCGGCGAUAGCGUUGCGUUGUUAAUGGCGGCGUCCAAACCAACAACCGUCUCCGAGGUUGCCAACGACAAUGACAAAGUUGCGGUUCAACAUGCCCCCAAAUGUGGCAACAUGAAUGGUCAGCAGCAGCGUUGCAAGGUUAAGCGCCCAGCGCCACAGGUGCCCGUACGGAACCCCAGCACGGCGCUGAGUACGACGACGGCAGCACCCGUAAAGCCAAGAAUUGUAAACCGUCAGCUGCCAGUUGCCAAAAUGAAGAAGGCAGUGAAAGCCAUGGCGCCAAUGCCAGUGCCAGUGCCAGUACCAGCGUCGUCGUCGUCACCGAUGACGCAUGCCGAGCUGGCGAGUCAUGAGGCUGCGGCAGAGAAAAAUAACAAUAACAACAGCAGCAGCAACAACAACAACGACAGAAGCAUUAAGCAUGACGAAGACAAUAACAAUAAAAAAGAACUGGUGACAAAUGCAAGUUGCAAGGAUCAGCAGCAGCAGCAGCAGGAAGAUGAUGAUGAAGAAGAGUCCAUCUAUCAGCCAAUUUGGAAAUUUAAGACUUUAGGUGAGGCGCAGGAGUAUUACGAGGUGCCGCUCAACGAGGCGGACGAAGACGAAGAUGACGAUGAUGAUGAAGAUGACGGUGAGGAAGAAGACGAAGCAAUUAACGAUGACGAAGAUGAUCGAGAUGCGGAUGAUAAAACGGCCAUUGACUUUCACAUAAUAACUAGAGCUGAGGCAGAUGAUGCAGCAGCAGCAACAGCCGCAGCUGCAGCCUCGGCCGCAGUAGCCGCUGUGGCAGAUGAUGAUGCCGCAGCGUUGCAAGCGGCUGCAGCUUUUGCAGCCGGCGCUCGUCAAAAGUCCAGCCACAGAAGCAGCAGCAUGGUGGCGUCCAAGAGUGUUUCUGCUACGCCACUCCCAUCGCCCACAGCGUCAACAGAUCAGGGUGCUUGGGAAACGGAUGAUGAGUUCAUGUUUGCCACACAGUCGCAAUUCAGAAAAGAACAGCAACAGCCGCCCGAGGGGGAGGCCAACAUCAACAACAACAACGACACCAACCAUGCUGUAGAUGAUACCCUAAGCAUGGGCAGCACAGUCACGAAUAGCACUGCGACGCUCGGUUCGAUUAGUAGUCAGAGCAGCGGCUCAUCGGCGCCUACUCACGUGAGCCUCACGCAUCCCGUGCUACGGAAUAUCUGCAUUGUGUAUAGCCAGCUGGAUCCAAAGAAGUUUAGCGUCAUAUUCUAUGAAUAUCAGCGGGAGUUGGUGCAUCUGCAUUUCAUGACGCGUGUUCGUCGACCCGCACCCCCCAUCCCCACGCCGGCAAAGCAGCUGUGCAGCAGUCGUGGCAACAAUUACAAUAAUAAUAACGACGAUAGCGGCUGCAGCUGCGAAAUAGCCAGCUUGGAGGAGGAGACAGAGCAAGAAGCGGAGGAGGAGGUGGCGGCAGAGAGGGCUGUUGGUGAAAGUGACAACAUUGCCGCCAUACCGCAGCCCCUUAAGGAGGCCCUAGAGCUGGCCGUGCUGGCAGCGACAAGAGGCAAGCGUGGAGCUGCUGCCUCCGGCGGACGUUCCGCAAGAAAGUUGCGCGUGCGCUCCAACGCUCAUCUAAUCAUAUCGCAGUCGGUGCUGGCGUGGCGUGAACAGCUCCUAUACGAUGUGAACUAUUGUGAGGAUGAGGAAGACAUGAUUGUACCGGUGACUGAUAUUCUGCGAGCACAACAAAUCCAGGAAGACAAUGAAGUGCAGCAAACCCAGCAGACGAAUAUAUUGCAACGCUUUAAGAGUGCAUCCAUUGGGAAUUUGGUGGAUUUACCGGGGGAGGAUGACAAGAAAUCGAUUAAGAAUCGCAUGCGUAUGAAAUUGAAUAGCAAUGUGUUUCGCAUAAAUCGCUCGCCCCGGAGUGAGAAGAAAUCGCGUUCGCGUCGCAGCGAAGUCAACAGUCUCUACGUGGAUGAUCCAUACAGAUAUCCAUUGUUUGGAGCACCACUCAGCGCCCUGGAACUGAACAUGACCAGCCAUCCGAAUGUGCCACGAUUUGUUGUCGAUGUGUGCGCCUACAUUGAGAGACCCGAGUGCAUCGAACAGGACGGUCUAUAUCGUGCCUCGGGCAAUAAGCUGCUUGUCGAUGAUCUGAAAAAGCGAUUAACUCACUUGUAUGAUCCACGUAUUCUGCACACCGACGACAUACACACCCUCACCAGCCUGCUUAAGCUAUUCUUCCGGGAGCUAAGUGCCCCACUUAUCACACAGGAGGCCUACGAGCGACUCGGACAAAAUCUGGCCGAGCCCGCCGCCAUCGAGCGCAUGCGCACCGCCUUCGAUGAGAUGCCCGAGCCGAAUCGAUCCACUCUACGUUUCCUGAUCAAGCAUUUGACCAAUGUGGCAGCUGCUAGCGCCUCAAAUCGGAUGCCGGCCUCUAAUCUCGCCAUAGUCUGGGGACCCUGCCUAUUGGCCGCCAACUCCAUACAGUUCGAUAUCGGACGCAUGAAUAUGUUGGCGAAGGUGCUGAUCGAGAGCUACGACAGUAUCUUCAGGCCCGAUAAUGAACGUUUGGUGUGUUAGACACACACACACACACACAUACGUAUCACAAACACACAUCACACAAACAGACACACACACACACAUAUGCUUAGACACAUCACAAAUAAAUGUUGCGUCAUAAACAAUUGUCAGAAAUUGUAAAUUUUUCCUUUUUUUUUGCUGUUUAUUGAACAAUAUUUAAUACUUAAUUAUAUUUGUAACAUAUUUUUAAGUUUUAACAAGUUUUUUUUUCUUUUUUUUUGUGUUUUUGUGAGCAACAAAGUACCAAAAAGGCAGUAGGUCUAAGUUUAAUGUUAACGGAAACUUAUGGUUAAAAUAAAAAUACUUACCAUGACGACGAUAUUUGUACAGUGGAGCCUGUUUAUAAUCAAUUAAUUAUUGUCGCUUUUUUUUGUUUUUUUUUUUGUCCACUAAAUUGAUGAAAGUGUGCUAAUAGUAAGCCAAUACUUGUAUGUAAUUAUUUAAUUACUGAUUAUAAUAAUAACAAUAAUAUUUAAUGUAUGUACACUGCGCGUCAUCAGGUUAGAAACAAAAAUAAUUGUAAAACUAUAUUGUUGUUUAUAGUCGAUUCUAUGCUCAGUUAAAUAAAACAAAAAGUAUUGUUUUUCA